AUGUACAUCGGAGCGAUAUCGGAAUUUAAUCAAAAUGAAGAUUUUACUUUAUAUGAAGAGAGGUUUGAGCAAUUUUGUUUGGCGAAUAAGAUUGAGAGUGAAAAGUCGAAGACCGCAUUGUUACUGAGCCAGGUUAGUCAGGAUGUGUAUAAUAAAACCCUGCGCGACCUAACCUUUCCGGUAUUACCAAAAGACAAAAAAUAUGAAGAGUUAACGGCCGAACUGAAAACACAUUUUAGCCCACAAGUCAAUGUUUACCGAGAGAGAAUAAAAUUUUAUCACGCAUUUCAAGCAACCGAUGAAACUACCACGGAAUGGCAUGCACGGUUGAGAAGCUUAGCAGUGAACUGUAAUUUCAGCUCGUUAGAAGAAAUAUUAAAAGACAGAUUCAUAUCAGCAAGGUUGAUGGAGAUCGCAGCAACAAAAGAACUAACGAUGACCUACAAUGACGACGGAAGAAUCAAUGCUAUUGGCCCUACUCGCAAUACACAGAUUCAAGAGACUUCAGUUCCAAAGCAAACAGGACGGCAUUCUGGUGAAGGAAGAGCAGGAGAACCGACAUUUAUGCGUCCAAGGCAAGGCACGAAUCAAACUCGUGCAUGGAAACCAGCUUAUGGGAGACGAAUGGAAAAUGGCAACGCAAGUAAUGGCGGUGUCACGUGCAAAUGUUGCGGCAAGAAACACGGCGGAAUCUGCAGGUACAAGGAGUACCAAUGCAAUAGCUGCGGCAAAAUUGGACAUCUACAAAGCGUGUGCAGAGAGGUAAGCCACAUUAAUUCAUUGCAAAACGCUGAGAAAGAAGCCAAAAUUAUAGUAAAAAAUAACGAAAAUUUUAUCAAUCACGACGAGAGUAACGGUAACAACGAAAACAACGUAAUUAAUGUAAUUUACAAUGUAAGUUGCAAUGUAAAACCAAUAGAAUUUAAUGUAAUAGUUAAUGGUAAGAAUAUUCUAAUGCAGCUAGCCUCAGGAUCGGCUAUAUCUGCAAUCAGCAAACAAUUUUAUUUAAGUAAAUUUCACGAUCUCAAUAUUGUACCAACCACAAUGACAUUUAAGGGUUAUAUUGGCGAGAUCAUAGUUCCAUUAGGAUAUAUAAAAAUGCAUUUAUUGAAUAUAAAACUAUUGGUAGAGAAUUGAAAAUAUUUGUAAUAGAAAAGGCAACAGCAGCUCUUUUAGGCAGAGAUUUUAUUCAAAAUUUUAACAUUAUGU